AGGCGGGGAACAAGAAAGGGGCUGGUACAGCUGGGCAUAGGGAUCAGGCGACUGGUAGCUGGGGCACAGGCCCCAGCUCAGGCUCUGGGACCAGCGUCUCCCAACACUGAUCUCCACUCAGUCCAGCACGGAAGCGGGGGGUCAUUGAGCCCCAAAGAAGCACACAGCUACCUGCCACUGGAUCCCAGGCUGGGGCCCACUCAGUCCCACACCCCUGCUGCCACUCUGCCUGGAGGGGCUGCGGUGCAGCGGGGCCUGGGCCAGGUGCUCUGCAGAUGGAAGCAGACACUCUGAGCCCCAUGGGGCUGGGCCUCCUGUUGCUGCCCUUCUUGGUCACGCUCCUGGCUGCCCUGUGUGUGCGCUGCCGUGAGUUGCCAGUGUACCCUGAUCCUGCCUCGUUGGCCCUCUCUCCUCCAGCUUCCUAUGACAGUGUGUCCACAGAAAGGUUGUACCCAAGCAGUAUCUUCAUCAAACCAACUCAGAUAACCAGCCCCUCAACAACUGACACUUCAUAUCCUUUUGUUGCUUCCGUCCCACCCCUGGUGCAGCCAGACCUGAGAUCCCCACAGCCCUUUGGGGGUUGCCAGCAGGAUUCAAAUGAUGUCAACAGUGUGGCGAGCUACGAGAACCAGGAGCGAACCUCUGAGAAUGAGGAGGACGACGAGGAGGACGAGGAGGACUACCCCAAUGAGGGCUACCUAGAGGUGCUUCCUGACAGCACCCCUGCCACCAUUCCCGUCGUCUCCUCUGCUCCUGUGCCCGGCAACCCUGGCCUCCGGGACAGCGCCUACUCCAUGGAGUCGGGUGAAGACUACGUGAAUGUUCCUGAGAGUGAGGACAGUGCAGAAGCGUCCCUGGAUGGGAGCCGGGAAUAUGUCAAUGUGUCCCAGGAGCUGCAGCCAGUGAGUGGUGCUGAGCAGGCCACUGUGACCUCCCAGGAAGUGGAAGAUGAAGGAGUGGAGGGAGAAGAAGCUCCCGAUUAUGAGAACCUGCAGGAACUUCACUGAGAGCCUGGUGAGCAGGUCUUCUGGCCAGGACCGCUUCCUGGCCACCUCCAGCUGUUAGGCACAUCUGGCUCUGGAUACCUGAGUGGUUUCAUGACUCGGUGACUCUGCCCUUGCUGUCUCCCCUGCCCUGUUGUGUUCCAGCUGCAGCCAUCUGUCCUGGAACUAGCCUUGCUGGGAGGGUGGAACUGGGCAGCUGGGAGUGGCUCUAAAGGAAUCCCGUUUGACCUCUGCCUUGUCAACAACCUGAGAAUCUCUCCUAAUUUAUUGUUACUUUGGGGUCCAAUCUAUGUCCCCAGUAUUCUACACCUUUGAUGAAGCCUGAGAAUGAAUCUUGUUCCUGCCUGACUCUGUCAUGGAAUA